AUUCUUCGAUUGCCAUCCCCUUUCUUAUACCUUCUCUUCCCUACUUUCUUCCUCGUUCUUUCUCUUCUUUCUCUUCUUCGCUCGAUUCUCCUCCCCAUCUUCUCAGACCCACUCCCACUCCCACUCCCACAUUUCCCACAUUACACAUCAUGGAUCUCGUCGGCAAACUCGUCGGGAAAGUGCUCGAAUCCAAGAGCGGUGAGAGCAGCGGCGGCGGCGGCGGCGGCGGAGGAUACGGAUAUUCCGAGCAGCAGCAACCGCAGCCACCGUCGGGCUAUGGCGGAUAUUCCGCUCCUCCUCCCUCCGGCCCGCCGCCCGGUGCCUCGCAAGACCUGCCGUAUCCGUGGAUCGCCCGCUGGGAUGACCAGAGCGGCCGCUACUUCUUCGUUAACCAGCAGACCGGCGAAAGCACCUGGCACCACCCCGGCGGCGGUGCUCCCCCCCAGCCAUACGGUCAGCCCUCGUACGGCGGCCAGCCAUCCUAUGGUCAGCCUUCGUAUGGCCAGCCCUCGUACGGCCAACCCUCGUACGGCCAGCAGCCGGCAUACGGCGGGUAUGAGGGAUCGCGUCAGGGAGAGUACUAUCCCCAGCAGCAGCAGCCGCCAGCCGAGAAGAAGGAUCACAAGAUGCUGUACGCCGCGGGAGGCGCGGCGGCCGGUCUUGCCGGCGGUGCGCUCUUGAUGCACGAGGGAGAGGAGAUUCAUGACAGCUGGGAUGAAAACAAGGAGAAGCUCGAACAGGGAGUGCAGGACUUCCCUGAAGACGCUGCCCACUGGACUGGCGAAAAGGUCGGCGAGGCCGAACAGAUCCCCGAUAGAAUCGAAGACGGCUGGGACCGCGCCGAGGACCGGAUUGAAGACGGCUGGGACAACACAGUCGAGAAUGUCGAGGACUUCCCCGAGAAUGCCGCGCACUGGACGGGAGAGAAGGUCGGUGAAGUGGAGUCCUUCGGCGACGACCUUGGGGAUGCCUACGAUGCCGGAGAGGCCGAGGGUCGGGACGAGGAUUGGUAGUUGCGCCUGGGUAUCUGCAGAUGACUGAAUAGGUGGGGGUUAUCAUAUACGAAAUACUGGCAUGUGCUUUUGGGAGGAUGAAUCCAUGUGAAGGAGAUUAAAAUUGAAUACCAAUCGAAUAGAUAGAAAGACAGAAUAAUGCACCGC